AAAGAUCAAGUGUUACCUCCCUGAACCCAACCCCACAUCCUGACUUGUGAGCUAGUACCACACACACACACACACAUCAUUUAUAAACAUUCAACCCAAACAGAAACAUUUAAUCCCUUCAUUCAUUUCAUUCCUUCACACACAGAGAAUUAAUCUAGGAAGAUCACACACUUUGAGUUUUCCAAUGGCUCGUCCUUACAUUCUCUUCAUCCUCUUCACUCUCUCAUUCACAAUCACAACAACAUUCUCUUCUUCUCCAAACCCCAAAACAAUCACUCUCCCACUCUCCCCUGUUUUCACCAUAUCCCAAGAUCACCUCCACACUCUCAAACUCACCGCUUCAGCUUCCCUAACCAGAGCCCACCACCUCAAACACCGCCACACCCCUCCCCUCAACACCUCCGUUUCCCCCAAAAGCUACGGUGGCUACUCCAUAGAUCUCAACUUCGGAACACCGCCACAAACCUCCUCCUUCGUCUUAGACACCGGAAGCAGCCUCGUCUGGCUCCCUUGCUCCUCCCGCUACCUCUGCUCCGGCUGCAACUUCCCCAACAUCGGCAAAAUCCCCACCUUCAUCCCCAGAAACUCUUCCUCCGCCAAGCUCCUCGGCUGCGGUAACCCCAAAUGCGGUUACCUUUUCGGCCCCGACGCUCAAUCCCGCUGCCGCGGCUGCAAUCCUGAAUCUCAGAAUUGCAGCAACGUGACAUGCCCUGCUUAUAUAGUCCAAUACGGUUUGGGCUCAACCUCGGGUUUUCUUCUCCUGGAAAACCUCGAUUUUCCAGGAGAGAAAACCGUUACUGAUUUUGUGGUCGGAUGCUCGAUCCUCUCCAUCCGGCAACCUUCCGGGAUUGCCGGAUUCGGACGCGGGAUCGAGUCGCUUCCGACCCAAUUAGGCCUCAAGAAAUUCUCCCAUUGUUUACUAUCUCACCGAUUCGACGACGAACCGGAGAGCAGCGAUCUAGUUCUGCAGAUUGACUCCACCGGCGACACCAAGACGCCUAACGUCAGCUACACUCCGUUCGGGAAGAAUCCAACCGGGAACAACACCGCAUUCCUCGAAUACUACUACGUGGGGCUGAAGAAAAUCCUCAUCGGCGGCGAGAGGGUGAAGAUUCCGUUGAAUUUGCUGGUGCCGGAAUCCUCCGGCGUAGGCAACGGAGGCACAAUUGUGGAUUCCGGCACCACCUUCACCUUCAUGGAGAGGCCAAUCUUCGAUUUGGUGGCAAAGGUUUUCGAGAAGCAGCUUUCAAAUUUCUCCAGAGCGAAGGAGGUUGAGGCACAAUCGGGGUUGGGUCUCUGUUUCGAUUUCUCCGGCACGGAAACGGUGCCGAUCCCGGAGUUGAUGUUUCAGUUCAAAGGCGGCGCUAGAAUGAUGCUGCCUCUCUCGAAUUAUUUCUCCCUGGUCGACGAUUCUGAGGUCGCGUGCCUGACCAUUAUCUCCGAUGAAAGCUCCGGCACGGCGAGGGCUGGUGGUCCGGCGAUUAUCUUGGGGAAUUACCAGCAACAGAAUUUCUACGUUGAGUAUGAUUUGGAAAAUGAUCGGUUCGGUUUUCGGCAGCAGAAUUGUCAAAAGAGUGCUUAGUGACACUGUUUCAUGUGCCACGGCGGCGCCACUGAGUUCACGGUGGUCAAUGGUGUUGAUUAUUUUAGUUGAUUAAUUGGUCAAUGGAGUAUGCAGCAAAACUCAUUGAUUAUUGAUUUAUUUUCUUGUCAAUGAUGCAAAAAAUUGUCAAUAACACAGAUUAUGGAUCGAUGUUUUGAUAACAUUUUGCAUGAAUAAGCAUGUGAUUGGUUCA